AGAAGUUCUUUUAGAGUUUCAUGACCACAGACUACUAACAAAGGUCAGUGACUUCUGUGUUCAGCACCUCGUAAACAAAGAGUUGUGAUUUCAAAAAUGAAUAGAGAAACCAAUAAAGUUGACCCAGGUUGGAAUGACCCUCCUAUGUUGGAGUUUAAUGCAUGUCAACCUACCCCUAAAAGUAGAAUUGGAAAUAAAAGGGUUCCGUUUCCAUUGGGACCCUCCAACGCACCACAAAAAUCGGUAUUGCAUAGUGAUAUGGACAAUGCCAUAAAUGACACUUCAGAAGAAGCAAUCCAAAAUAUGAAAGAUGUAACUUUCUCUAAUUUUGAAAGUGUUCUGAAUUCUAAGUGUAGCGAUGAAGUCCAUGGAAAAAUAAAACUUAUGAAAGAAAUGUGGACAUUAGGGAAGUUCUCUACUAGUUUAAAAAACGAUUUGUAUAAACUAUCCAAUUCAAUUGUUAGGAAAGAUAUUGUAACUGCAAAUAAAUUAAAUCUUGAAUUACAUAUGAAAUAUCCCAGUCACUGUAAAGAUUGGAUUUCAGCUGUAGGUUUCUUGAUUAAUGAUAAAUGAAAGUCAAGUUUAGCAGGUUUAUAUCGUCUCAAACCCAAGCAAUUCAAGUAUAUUCAAUAUUUUAGAUCCCAUGUUGAAGUUCUUAUAUGCUUAAGGUCUUAUAUUGUUAUCUAAAAUGAUAUUAUAGGCCAAACUUGCGAAUUUAUAUAAUAAACCUCUUUUUCAUA